CUGUACUACUUAAACUUCUCUUCCUCUCUGAGCAGAACUCACUUGCUCUGUUGUGCACCAUGGUGUUCAUCUGCCUGCUUCUGUUCGCCGCUCUGCUGCCAUGCCUGGGCCAUUCUGCCAGCAUUAAUGUUGGCAUAGUGAAUGGCACAGAGGCUGAACCUCACUCCAGACCCUACAUGGUUUCUCUUCAGGAAAAUGGUAAACAUGAGUGUGGCGGCUUUCUAGUGUCUGAAAACUUUGUCAUGUCGGCUGCGCACUGCUGGAAGAAUGGGGUGAAUCUGACAGUGGUGAUUGGCGCUCAUGAUCUGGACAACUAUAACUAUUUCCGCAUACCAGUGAAGUUCUACCACGUCUAUCCUGGUUACAGGCGUCUGAAAAAUGACAUCAUGCUCCUGCAGCUUGAAAAACCAGUCCAAAGGAGCAGAACUGUUGAGUGGAUCGCCAUCCCCAAAACAAAUAAGGAUGUUGAGGCUAAUACCAUUUGCAGUGUCGCUGGUUGGGGAAAAAUUGCAUUUGAAGGCCCUUAUAGUUCCCGUCUUCUGGAGGCAGAUGUCAGUGUCAUAGAAACAGAAACAUGCAAAAGGGACUGGGGAAACUAUUUCUCAGAGUCAAAUAUGAUGUGUGCAGGUUCCGGCCGUGGAUUUUGUCAGGGAGAUUCCGGAGGUCCUUUGGUGUGUAAUAAUAUCGCAGUCGGAAUUGUGUCCUUCUUUGAAAACGGGAACUGUGACAAACCCACCGUACCAAACGUCUACGCAAAGAUAUCGCAAUUUCUUCCCUGGAUCAAGGAGAUCAUCAAUGACUUGAAAAGCAAGGUUUUUGAGGAGGAGCACUUGUUGCUUGAUUCUGGUGAACUUACCACACCCACUGUGCUACAUAUAAUCUUCUCCCUCACUGAGGUGAACCUUCAUUCUCCCUACAGUACCAUGGCUCUCAUCUCUCUGCUCCUUCUGGCUGCUCUGCUGCCACAGCUGGGCCACUCUGCCAGCGUUCAUGUUGGUAUAGUGAAUGGCAAAGUGGCUCAAUCCAGGCCCUACAUGGUGUCUCUCCAAGUACGAACACAGCACUUCUGUGGUGGCUUCCUUGUGAGUGAACAAUUCGUCAUGACGGCUGCGCACUGCAAGUAUAAGGGAAAACCAUGGACAGAUGUGACAGCAGUGAUAGGAGCUCAUAAUCUAAAGACCAACAGCUUUCAGCGCAUACAACUGAUGGAUUCCUACAGCCACCCAGACUUUAAAAUGGACCCAAAAUACCCAGAAAAUGACAUCAUGCUACUGAAGCUAGCCAAGCCAGUUGUAAACAAAAAAAUUCGCAUCCCAGAAAAAGACGAAGACUUUAAGGAAAACAUCACUUGCAGUAUAGCUGGUUGGGGACGCAUAGGAAAUAAUGGACCUACAAAUGAUGUUCUUUUGGAGGCAGAUGUCACAAUGUUAAGUAGCAAGAACUGCAAAAAUUGGUGGAACUUCAACAACAUACUGUGUACAGACAGUCAUCAUGGUGGAUUUUGCGCGGGAGACUCUGGAGGUCCUUUGGUGUGUAAUAAUACUGCAGUUGGAGUCAUUGCCUUCUAUGAAAAGACCUGCAUAAAUCCCCCAAGACCAUAUGGCUACACAAAGAUUUCUGCAUUCCUGCCCUGGAUAAAAAAAAUAAUGGGUAAAUAAAAUAAUUAGGAUUGUGAAUGGUUCAUUGGGGCUGACUUGACCUUACAAGUGUGGUUCAUGAUUCACAAUAAAUAAUUACACUGUGAAGAGG